AGGAGAACAUUCAAGCAUUUUGUGGAAUUACUUUCACGGAUUCUACUGGUGAUUUCUCCGAAAAUGAAGAUCACCAAAGGAGACGGAUUUUGCUUCAUAUUCCUGCAACUUAUUUUGAUUGUGGCUUUAACACAGCAGGUUGCAGGUAAGACAUUGAAAUAUAAGGUAUACGAAGAACAAAAAGUAGGAACGGUGAUUGCAAGGCUUAAAGAGGACGUGUCCGAUGUUUUAUCCAAACUGCCAAGUUCCGUCUCUCUGCGCUUUAGAGCAAUGCAAAGAGGGAGCACAUCUUUUCUGUCUGUUCGGGAGCGGGAUGGGGAAAUUAGCAUUGGGGCUAAAAUCGACCGGGAAAAGCUCUGCGAGAAGAACCUAAACUGUUCUAUCGAAUUUGAUGUAAUUACGCUUCCGACGGAGCACUUACAAUUAUUUCAUGUCGAAGUGGAAGUACUGGACAUUAACGACAAUUCGCCACAGUUUUCCCGUGCCAUCAUCCCUAUUGAUAUUUCCGAAAGUGCUGCAGUGGGGACACGGAUCCCACUGGACAGCGCUACGGACCCAGACGUCGGUGAGAACUCCCUGCACACUUAUUCUUUGACCUCGAACAACUUUUUCAAAAUUGAUAUUCGAACGAGAACAGAUGGAGCCAAGUAUGCUGAGCUUGUUGUGCUCAGAGAAUUGGACAGGGAGGUGCAGUCCAGCUAUGAACUUCAAUUAAUAGCUUCGGACAAAGGCGUGCCUCCCAAAUCUGGCUCGACGCUUCUCAAAAUUACCAUCUCAGAUUCCAACGACAACAGCCCUGUUUUUGAAGAGCAAUCGUACGUUAUUAAUCUUCUUGAGAAUUCACCGUUGGGGUCUCUGCUUAUUGACCUUAAUGCCACUGAUGCUGAUGAGGGCACUAAUGGAAAAAUAGUGUAUUCUUUUAGCAGUCACGUGUCGCCCAAAAUUUUAGAAACGUUUCGAAUAAACUCAGAAAAUGGCUGCUUAACCCUUACUAAACCAGUGGACUUUGAGACCACCACUUCCUAUGAAAUUGAUGUUCAGGCUCAGGACCUUGGCCCCAAUUCAAUGCCAGCACACUGUAAAAUUAUCAUCAAAGUGGUUGAUGUGAAUGAUAAUAGACCAGAAAUCAGCAUUAACUUAAUGACGCAGGGGAAAGAAGAAGUGGCCUAUAUAUCAGAGGGGGCCCCUGUGGACACAUUUGUGGCUCUGGUAAGGGUUGAAGACAUUGACUCAGGCUUAAAUGGAGAAGUUGUGUGCCGGCUGCAUGGCCAUGGACACUUCAAGCUUCAGAAGACUUAUGAAAAGAACUAUAUGAUCUUGACCAAUGUUUCCUUGGACAGAGAACGGAGGUCUGAGUACAGCCUCACUGUGAUAGCUGAGGACAAAGGCAGUCCAAGUCUCUCUUCUAUUAAGCAUUUUACUGUGCAGGUUUUGGAUGAGAAUGACAAUCCACCUCGUUUUGAGAAGAGCAGGUAUGAGAUCUUCAAGUCUGAAAAUAACUCCCCGGGGGCCUAUCUCACGUCAGUGGUGGCCAGUGACCCUGAUCUGGACUCAAAUGGACAGGUCACCUACACCAUUUUAGAGAGCUUCAUCCACGGGAGCUCCAUUUCAACGUAUGUCACCAUCGACCCCUCCAAUGGCGCAAUCUACGCGCUCAGGACGUUCGAUCACGAGGAUGUCAGCCGGAUCGCCUUCGUUGUGCAGGCGAAAGAUGCCGGGGACCCCCAGCUGCAGAGCAAUGCAACUGUUGUACUGACUAUUUUGGAUGAAAACGACAACUCCCCAGUCAUUGUCAUACCGCAGCUGUGGAAUUACACGGCCGACAUACCCGUCUCAAAGUAUGCGGCUGCAGGGGAGCUGGUCACCGUUAUCAGAGCCACGGACAGAGACACGGGGGUCAACGCAGAGCUGACCUGCUCAAUCAUCGCCGGCAACGAGGAUGGCUUCUUCACCAUGGACCCCAGGAAGUGUGAAAUACGAGCUAAUGUCAGCAUGGAGGUGGUGCCGCGGGAGCAUGUUGAACUUGCGGUUGUGGUCCAAGACAAAGGGGCCACAAGGCUUAGCGCCAGAGCGGUUUUGAAAUGCACUCUGUAUGAGAACAUGGAGAGCCACAUGCAGCCGGUACCGACGAGCAGCAGCCACCCGACCCUGGACGUCUCCAUGAUCAUCAUCAUAUCCCUGGGAGCCAUCUGUGCUGUCCUCUUGGUCAUCAUGGUCAUGUUUGCGACCAGGUGCAACAGAGAGAAAAAGGACACAAGGUCUUACAACUGCAGGGUGGCCGAGUCUACGUACCAGAACCACCCCAAGAAGCCCUCCAGACAGAUUCACAAAGGGGACAUCACCCUUGUGCCGACAGUGAAUGGCACACUACCCAUCAGGUCACACCAUAGGUCACCGUCCGCCUCGCCUACUAUGGAGAGGGGCCAGAUGGGCAGCAGGCAGAGUCAUCACAGCCGCCAAUCAUUGAACAGCCUGGUUACUAUAUCCUCAAAUCACAUCCCAGAGAACUUCUCCCUUGAGCUUGCUCAUGCUACCCCACCAGUAGAGCAAGUCUCACAGCUUCUGUCCAUGCUCCAUCAGGGCCAGUACCAGCCAAGACCAAGUUUCCGUGGGAAUAAAUACUCAAGGAGCUACAGAUAUGCCCUCCAAGACAUGGAUAAAUUCAGCCUGAAGGACAGCGGCCGGGGAGACAGUGAGGCAGGGGACAGUGACUAUGAUUUAGGAAGGGAGUCUCCCAUUGACAGACUGUUGGGCGAGGGCUUUAGUGAGCUUUACCUCACAGAUGGGCACCACAGACUGCAUCCUGCGAUGAAGCUCUGCACAGAUGAAUGCAGGGUCCUCGGGCACUCGGACCAGUGCUGGAUGCCCCCGCUGCCCUCUCCGGCAUCCUCGGACUACAGAAACAACAUGUUCAUCCCCGGGGAGGACGCCCAGCAGCCGUCGCUGGAGGAGGACCAGCAGCCCGCGGACGACCGCAAGAAGAGCUUCUCCACGUUUGGCAAAGAGGCCGGCGCCGGGGUUGGCGAGGAAGCGGCCGGCGACCUCUGUGGCGCCUCCCUCCUCUCCGAGAUGAACAGUGUCUUCCAGCGCCUCCUGCCGCCCUCGCUGGACGGCUAUGCCGAGUGCAACGAAGCCGAGCGGGCUGACUCGCUGGAGCGCAGGAAGGGCCACCUGCCCGGGAAGCCCAGCACCUACCCGCAGGGGGUGGCAGCCUGGGCAGCCAACACUCACUUCCAGAACCCCGGCAGCAGCAUCGGGCCCAACCAAGUGAACCACGCCGGCACCCAGGCUCCGCUGAAGUGGCUGCCGGCCAUGGAGGAGAUCCCGGAGAACUACGAGGAGGACGAGUUCGACGUCCUCAGCCACCUGCAGGCUGGCCGCAGCGAGAGCAGGCACGAGAUCAUGGACGCCAGCGAGCUGGUGGCCGAGAUCAACAAACUCUUACAAGACGUCCGGCAGAGCUAGGCGCGGC